AUGUGUGAUUCGUAUUUUCGCCUAUGCUCUGCACAGCGAAUUGGCAUUCCGUCAUCGGCAAGGGAGUUCGACCAUACGCACCAAUCUCUCCCCUUUCUCAGAGCCGCGAGAUGUCGUAUUGCUCCAGCUCUAUCUCCACCUCCCUGGCACUGCGCUAUGUCUUCAAUCGAUACGACAGACCUUAUCAAGAACUUCAAGGGUGACAUUGUAACUCCCAAUCGCCCUGACUAUGGGCAGGCCAUCUCUCGCUGGGCCGCGAACGCGGCACGCAAGGCCAAAGUCGUUGCUUUCGUCAAAGAUAAUGAAGACGUAACUCGAGCACUGAAAUUUGCUCAAGAGAAUCGUCUUCCUAUCGCAGUCCGUUCAGGAGGCCAUAAUGCCGCUGGGGCAUCCUCAAUCCAAGACGGCCUAGUUAUCGACCUUUCUCGCCAUAUGAACGGGGUUACGGUCGAUCCAUCGAAGAGACUCGCCUAUGUCGGUGGAGGUGCUCUAUGGGAAACUGUCGACAAAGAAGGCAUCAAGCAUGGGCUAGCCACUGUAGCAGGCACGGUGAACCAUACCGGCGUAGGAGGACUGACACUUGGAGGCGGCUACGGAUGGUUGAGCGCUUCUCAUGGAUUGGCCUUAGAUAACGUAGUCCAGGCCAUUGUCGUUACCGCUGAUGGAUCUAUCCUGACCGUAAAUGAAGCAGAGAACCCCGACUUAUAUUUUGCCAUCCGAGGUGGAGGUGGCAACUUCGGCGUCGUCACUGAAUUCGUGUUGCAACUUCAUCCCCAGCGUGCGACAGUUUAUGCGGGUAGCAUCAUCUAUCCCGCAUCUGCUGUUGAGAAGUUGGUUGCGGCGACCGAGGCAUGGUGGAAGACGGUGAGAGACAAAGAAAGCAUGUUGCAAAUUGCGACAGUUGGGCCAGAUGGCCAUCCGAUUUUCGUGGUUUUCCCAUUCUACAAUGGUACCGAGGCAGAGGGAAGAGAAAGUUUCAAACGACUGCUCGAAGCUGGCCCUAUCGCUGAUAUGUCGAAAGUCAUACCCUACGAAGAACUCAAUGGCUUGCAGAAUGCGAUGGUCAAUCAUGGAAGUGGUGUCUACAUGAAGGGCGUUGCUCUCAAGCAUCUGUAUCUCCCAGCCAUCACUAAGGUGCAUGAAAGAGUUGCAGAAAUCAUGAGUGGCAGCGUCUUCAGAGUGGUCAUCAUAUACGAAUUUUUCGGCCUCGGGAAGAUCAACGCUGUAUCAACAACCGCGACGGCCUUCCGACGAGAGAAGGCCAACAAUGUCCUUGUGUCUUUGUUCUGGGAUGCAUCCGAAGAUAGGAACGGGGAAGCACGGGACCUUGCACAUGAACUCUGUACUCUUGUUACGGAGGGCCAGACUGGGAUGACAACCUCAGAAGGCCUGGGCUACAGCAACUACGACCCGGAUGGGACGGAGACGAGGGGCACAGCUGCAGUAGUUGACAAAGCUAAGUUCGUUUUUGGGGAGAAUUACCUCCGACUCCAGGCUAUCAAGAGGCGUUACGAUCCGAACAACAUCUUCAACAAGUGGUUUCCAAUCGUCCCUGCCUAA